AAUGUUCAAGUAUCGGUCACUGUAAUGUAUCCACUAGUCUAGGUCGAUGAAUAGACUGACCAGAAUCAACUGUCCCGUUUCUGAUCCCAAAGGACGUCGUCACUUCAGGUCACCAUUACAUCAGAAAGGACGCUUUCUGUUGUUAUUAUGACAUCACCUCCAGGACCGUUAGCAGAGUCAGUGGGUUUACUGUAUGGGAUGUUUUUAAAUGUUCUGCCGAGUCACUACUGAGAUGAAUCAUGGGAAACCGACGGAGGAAGAGAGGGCGAGAACACAGAGAUUCUUACGGGAUUAAGAUCUCUGAGUUGCUGACCCAACUGGCUGUGAGAACCACACCCCCUAAUGGGCCCCUCCCCCGUAACGUCAGCCUCCUCCCCUCCUUCACCCUCCCCGCAGUCCGAGAAACGACCGCCACCACCCGCUCCAAGGCCCAGCUCCCAGAAUGCAUCACGAGACUCUCAGACACCCGGUGUCGGAAGUGGUACCACCAGAGACCAGCCACGCCCUUCUCCGCCUCUACCCCCACCCCAGCCCUUAACCCUAGGCCUGCCCCCAACACCCCGGGACACCCCACUGGUCCCGCCUCCACCAAUAGCAGCCAACCAAGGAGCGAGAGACCCAACCUGGUUUCCCCUGAUUUGAUUUUCCUACCCUAUCUUGCGGCAUGGAGGACUGCGAAGAGCUGUGAACCGCUGUCAUUGGUGAGGGAUCUGUUCCAGAAGGGUGAGGUGUGUCCAGACAUCCUGGGGUUGAAGGAGUGGUCGAACCAGAGACCUGCAGCCUGGCUCAAGGAUACAGCAGUAGCAGCACAACGCAUGACGAUAGAACCUGGUGUGACUAGCGUGCAUUACUUUGAGGACCUGAGGGACCUGCAGAGGAAGUUGUUCAGGGGGAUCCUGUGGAUGCCCAGCAGGGGUCGCGACCUUUGAGCUGGGUGAACAUGACAACCUCUCCAGGACUUUAUACACCAUCAGCCUCAAACGCACCUCCCACAACACCUUCCUCCUCUGCUCCCCCACCACCACGCUUCCCUCCUUUGCUUCCCCCACACCUCCCUACCUGAAAGACAUUUAAUAAACAUAUUAUGUAAAUGUCCUAAAGCGCAAAUAUACAUAUAUACAUACAUAUAUUAAAAUAAAAAAAUUCUCAUUUAAAUAUAACAUUUUCUGAUUGAAAUAUAACAUUAUCUGAUUUAAAUAUACAUAUAUCUGAUGAAAUUGCUUUAGAAAGGGGCACGAGACAGGGAUGUCCUUUCUCUCCUCUUCUGUUUGCACUGGUAAUUGAACCACUUGCAGAAAGAAUUAGACAGGACCCACACAAACAGGUAUUGGGGGAGUGUUAGAACAUAACGAACAAAAUUACAGUUAACAAAAAAUGGCCGCUUAAACCAGUAUAAACUCAUGUAUAGAAUGUAUUAUACCAGAGACAAAAUUCACAACAUCUACAGCACAACGGCAGAGUUAUGUCUCAAGUGUAAGCAUUAUUUUCGUUUUAGGUUAGUAUUGCGGAGUAACUACAAUGUCAUUGAUCCAUCCACAGUUUUCUCCUAUCACAGCCAAUAAACUCUGUAACUAUUUUAAAGUCACCAUUGGCCUCAUGGUAAACUCGCUGAGUGGUUUCCUUGGGAAGGAUGCCUUUAUCUUUGUAGUGACUGGGUGUAUUGAUACACCAUUGUCAUGACGUUGGCCUGUGGGUAAGGUUUACCCUCGACCUGCAUGGCAAGCGGUACCGGAGUGCCAAGUCUAGGACGAAAAGGCUUCUCGACAGUUUUUACCCCCAAGCCAUAAGACUCCGGACUAUUUGCAUUGUGUGCUCCCCCCAACCCCUCUUUUUAGUCAGCCACCAAUUGUGCAAGUUCUCCCACUUAAAAAGAUGAGAGGCCUGUAAUUUUCAUCAUAGGUACACUUCAACUAUGACAGACAAAAUUAGAAAAAAAAUCCAGAAAAUCACAUUGUAGGAUUUUUAAUGAAUUUAUUGUCAUAUAUGCAUAGUCACUUUAACUUCUUGAAUAUAGGGGGCGCUAUUUUAAUUUUUGGAUGAAAAACGUUCCCGUUUUAAACAAGAUAUUUUGUCACGAAAAGAUGCUUGACUAUGCAUAUAAUUGACAGCUUUGGAAAGAAAACACUCUGACGUUUCCAAAACUACAAGCGCUAAGAACCUUGGCGUGAUCCUGGACAACACCCUGUCGUUCUCAAAUAACAUCAAGGCGGUGGCCCGUUCCUGUAGGUUCAUGCUCUACAACAUCCGCAGAGUACGACCCUGCCUCACACAGGAAGCGGCGCAGGUCCUAAUCCAGGCACUUGUCAUCUCCCGUCUGGAUUACUGCAACUCGCUGUUGGCUGGGCUCCCUGC